CUUGACGACCGUUGCGCUGCCCCUUCCACCUGCACCACCACCCAUCCUCCCAAACGCGCCCAGGCACAAUGGACGCUGCGUACGCAUCUGAGGAUGAGGCAGAGCCCCGCAGCGGGAUUGCAUCAACGGCAAUGCACUCAAUGGCAGUUACCUUACGUCCCUUCAUAUCGAAGCGAGCUCAAAAGGCUUACUUGGGCAUCUUUCUCUUCAUUUCUACGGCCAUAGCCAUGAUCUUCAUCUCGACAUUCGCGUACGGGAUCUUUUAUUACCGGUUCAUCCCCCAGGUCGGCCUUGAACGCCUUGUACACUUGCAAUUUGGCGACGGACAUCCCUGGGGCAUCGCAUCACUGGGGACCGGCCUGGUUGCGUCCCAACCAUACGAUGUGCAGGUGGAGCUGGAAUUACCACGGACGCCCUCCAACCUCGCCGCGGGAAAUUUCAUGCUUGAUCUGGCCUUACUCCCCCAUCCUUCCACGUUCGCUGAGACUGGCUCGAAUGCAUCAGUCACCGCCCUCUCCAAAUCGCGCCGUCCUGCUAUCCUUACAUACGCGUCGCCCUUGGUGGACACGGCUAGUAAAAUAUCGUUCUUGCCUCUUUACGUGCUGGGAUGGAACCGAGAAGCGGAGAAACUGCAGGUGCCGAUGAUGGAACGGGUCCAAUUUGCGCGCGGAUGGCGUAAUCUACCGGAUAGCUUGCGCUUGGAGAUCCACAGCUCUGAGAAGAUGCAUGUGUACAAGGCGAAAGUGAUGUUCAAGGCCCGUUUCACGGGAUUACGGUAUGGCUCUGGUUGCUGGUCCACUACGGGUCGUUUUUCUGGUUCGUCUGAAGCUAACAGGAAGGUUAGGUGGAUAAUGUAUAAUUGGAGACUCACGUCAUUUGUCGUCUUCGGAUUCUUGUUCUGGAGCGUCUCGAUGGCUUCUGCUGGAUUCGUGUGGGUUGUCCUAGCUGCGCUUCUCAGCGGCGGCGGUGGAACGCCUCGGGCUGUUAUCAAGGCAGAGGAUCGCAGUGAAACGCUCACUAACAUUAAGACGGAGUACGAAGAGCCGGUCUUUCCUCGAGAUGUUCCGGAAUCCUCGAGCAAAGGCAAAGCACCCAUGAUCAAGAGGGAGGAAGACUCUGAGGAUGAGGAAGUAGUAAAGGAGGAGGAGACUGAGGAGGAGGGGUUAAAAGAAGAGGGAGAUAAGGAGGAGGCAGAAGAGGAGUUGCAGGAGGACCGAGGCGAAGCGCCUUCGGAGGCUGUUGGCGCUGGCACGGGAAUGGAGAGUGCUCAAGGCCGAGGAGUGCAGCGACGACGAAGAAGCCAUCUAUUCCGAGACCAUCAGACAUAGGGGCGCGGCUGGGAGGCCAAGUAGUAGUUGUUGUUGUUAGUUCUUUAGAAAUACCCAAUGUU